CGGACGCAUGUAGAGUCGUGAACGAUUCAAAUCCAGAAUUACCGCGGUACUGUAAAAUAAUAAAAUAUACGCUCCUCGCCGUUCAAUGUAAACGUUUGUGACUGUCAAUGCAUUUGUUUAGCUAACGAACUGUGAAAUAAGUGUUUUUUUUAUACAAGUAUUCGUGUCGAAAGUGACGAUAUCAUGCUUCGUGUAACAUGAAAUUUAAACGGAUAUUUGAUCUGUCACGAUGUUUCCAAAAAGAUGUGGAGUGACGCGCCAAAAGACGCCCGAAGUUAAUCGGAUAGAUAAACACAAAACAAAAAUGAUAACAUGACGAAAUAUGAACCAAAUCGGACAGUUCCACAAGGCUCGGACUAAAUUCAGUGAAUCGAGCAUGUAUCAUAAUGACAGUGAACAAAGUUUUGAAAAAAAUAGAAUAAAAAAUCCGGCCCAAAAAGUAGUUUCUUUCAAUUUGUAUUAUUUUAUUGUCAUCACUUGCCUUUCUCUCCAAACUGUAAAUUCUAAUACUACAAACAUGAAUCGACAUUCGAACGAUAAAGGUGUUGAUAAGCAUGUUGGUUUUAAUAAACAAAAUGAUUCACCUAAUGAAGACAGUUAUGAAGACCACGAAACUCACGCGAAUGAAAACGUCGAUUACACAAAAGUCAAUUUUGAACAAAAUCCGUAUUACAAUAGCGAGGAUUACCACCACAAGUUUUACAGCAAUGAAAACAGUUAUAGUAACUAUGAGGACUAUAAGAAAUUUUAUCUAAAUCCUGCUAAUCCUAUACCGAAAGGCAAUGUUAAGUUUAAAAUAAGCAGUAGAAUAGUUCAAACUAAAUAUGGGAAAUUACAGGGCAUAGUGUUGGCUAUGGAUGAACACAGAUAUUUGAGUCCUCUUGAAGUUUUUUUAGGUGUACCGUAUGCUACGCCUCCUGUUGGAUCUAACAGAUUCAGUCCCACAAGAACGCCGUCGCCAUGGGAUGGAGUGAGAGUAUCAGAUAGACCAGGUCCUGCUUGCCCACAGAAGCUGCCAGAUCUCGCCGACGAGAGGACCAUGUUAGACAAAAUGCCUAAAGGCAGACUAGAGUACUUAAAAAGACUGAUGCCUUAUCUUAAGAAUCAAAGUGAAGAUUGUCUAUAUUUAAACAUUUUCGCUCCAUUGCAGAUGGACGAAAAGAAACUAGCACUGCCGGUAUUAGUAUACAUACAUGGAGAGAGUUACUCUUGGAGCUCUGGUAACCCGUACGAUGGAGCUGUAUUGGCCAGCUAUACUGAUCUCAUUGUCGUCACACUGAACUUUAGACUUGGCGUUCUUGGGUUCCUCAACGCAAAUCCAUCCCCCCAGCUCAAAGCCCGGGUAGCUAACUACGGGCUAAUGGAUCAAAUAGCAGCCCUGCACUGGGUUCAGCAGAACAUAGCACUGUUUGGAGGCGAUCCAACGAACAUAACCCUAAUGGGCCAUGGGACCGGCGCAGCUUGCAUUAAUUUCCUUAUGAUAUCACCCACUGUUAUGCCAGGUCUGUUUCACCGGUCAAUACUCUUAUCAGGUUCUGCUCUUAGUUCUUGGGCUAUAGUAGACGAUCCCGUCUAUUAUUCCCUAAAACUAGCCAAGCAUAUGAACUGCACAAUACCAGACGACAUGUCUAAAGAUCACGAAGUAAUUGUCGAUUGCCUUCGAGAAGCUUCUAUAGAAGAAUUACUAUCAGCCGACAUAUCUCCGCCAAACUUUCUAACAGCCUUCGGCCCGUCAGUUGAUGGAGUGGUUAUCAAAACCGACUUUGCAAAAGAUUUCCUCACUAUGUACGCUACGGGAGACUUUCCGAGUUUCGGUCCUUUGAAUAAUAUGAAUCAAAAUCUUAACAUGCAUAUAAAAAGGAGCGAUAGUGGACGAAGGUUAUUUCAAAAUAAAUAUGACCUACUCUUUGGAGUAGUUACGAGUGAGGCUCUAUGGAAGUUCUCGGCUCAAGACGUACAAAAUGGAAUUGAACCGGAUAAAAGGGAUCGUAUGUUAAGGACUUAUGUGAGAAAUGCGUACACUUAUCAUCUAAGCGAAAUCUUCUACACUAUUGUCAACGAGUACACCGACUGGGAAAGAACGGUAGAGAACCCAAUAAAUACAAGAGAUGCGACGGUAUCAGCCUUGUCAGAUGCUCAGUAUGUGGCUCCAUUAGUCCAGAGUGGAGAUUUAUUAAGCGGAGGACCAAAACCGGCUCCGAAUGAUGAAGAUGGUCCAAGACGACCAACUAAGACAUUUUUCUACGUCUUUGAUUAUCAGACUCGAGAUGGAUUCUAUCCACAGAGAAUGGGGGCAGUACAUGGAGAAGAACUGCCGUACGUGUUUGGAGCACCAUUAGUAGAAGGCUUCGGACAUUUUCCUCAAAACUUCACCAAGUCGGAAAUAGCAUUGUCGGAGUCUGUCAUGCUAUUUGUAGCAAACUUCGCAAGAACAGGUAAUCCGAAUGACAACAUUCGCCAGGAGGUUCUGCUCCCCGCGUCUCGAGAGCGCAAUAAAUUCAAGGGCAUAAAUUGGGAGGAAUACGACUCGACGCACCAGAAAUAUUUGGAAAUAGGUAUGAAACCUCGUUUGAAGAAUCAUUAUCGAGCUCAUCAGCUUUCCGUCUGGUUGCGUUUGGUUCCUGAGCUCCAUCGGGCUGGUAUGGAUGACUUCGGUAUACGACAUAAUCUAUUCAAAAAUCACAAUGAACAAGAACUCUAUGAAGGCGUCGUAAGGCCGGAUCCACUAGCUAGAAACCCGAAUGAAAUCGAACAACGAAGGAAUGGAUCUGUUUACUCGGAUACUGCGUUAACAACUGUCGAUACGAUACUAGCUACAUGUGUGACCCUUCUGCCGAAUGGAAGAGACUUGCAAACACUAAACGCUACUGAAAACACACUAGCUAAUUUGGAGGCCGCGGGCUAUGCUGCCUAUUCGACUGCUCUUAGCGUUACGAUAGCUAUAGGUUGCUCACUCUUGAUACUUAACGUAUUGAUCUUUGCUGGCGUGUACUAUCAGAGAGACAAAUCAAGGUCUCGUGGUAAACAGCAGCGAUUCAACGAGAAACAUUUCGAAACGAUAUCUGGAAAGCAUUCCCAUUAUCACAUGGACCCAACUCACGCGCCUAGCUUAGUAGUCGAUGUCGAGAGACAAAAUCGGAAGAAGCAUUUGAAUGAUCCUCACGUGAUGAACGUAAAUUUUAAAGGGCCUCUCGACGUGCCCAAAUCGCCGCCGAGUCCUACACUUAGUAUAGACAACAUGAUGCUCCCGAGUAAACUGGGCAGCAGAAACAGCAGUUUCCGGCUGCCAAAUGUGAGUUAUCCACAAAUGGGUGGGUACGCGACGAUGCCGAAGAAUUUGAACCAGUUUAAUAACUCGCCGCCCUUACAGGAGUUGAGGCAGGCAAAAUUCCAGCCUCCGAACGGCUCUACCGCGCAGGGAUCUCCCGGGGGGCGCGACGACGGGGCGAGGGGGCCCCAUGCCACCCUGCGAAGGGGUAAAGCCCCCCACCAUGCUUCUAACCUCCCACAAGCAGCCAUUGACGAAAUGAGAGUGUGACAUUUAAUCCCUACGGACUUUACAUUACAGGAUUAAAAAAUGUUUUUGGAUUUUAAAGUGUAUGUGAGUGUACAUAUA